CAGCAGCAGCAGCAACAACAACAGUCACAGGCACAAGUGCAACAACCGCAGCAGCAACAACAUCAUCAUCACCAUCAACAACAUCACCAGAAGUCCUCAUCUGGACAUCACCAUCAUCAUCACCACCAUCAGCCACCAAGGAGUAAAUAUGCCCAGCUGUUGGCAGUUAUUGAAGAUAUGGGCAAAGAUAUAAGACCGACUUACUCUGGAAGCAAAUCUUCUGCUGAAAGAUUAAAACGUGGGAUUGUUCAUGCACGCAUUUUGGUUCGAGAGUGUUUGAUGGAGUGUGAAAGAAGUGCUAGAACUUAGUUCACAUGGAUCUUUGUAAGGAUGUAUUCCAAUACCCUCAGAACUUUGCAGACUUGUUUUGAGGUUGCUGGUGCAACAUAGAGUAUUAAUUAUUAUACAGAACUCUUGUCAGAAAUAGAGUAAUUAUGUGAAGAUAAUUCAGAAUAAAAAACAAUGGCAAUGUAGGAAUAAAUGUGAUCAGAGCUGGUUGACCACCAUAUUGGAAGUGAACGUGUAGGUUUGUGCUUCAUUUUGUCUUAUUUAAUCAUGAUAGGAUAUAUUUGUCCCAAAUUAUAUGGUUGAUUUAAAUGGAAAAUUAAAAUAGAAAAGGUGCAAGUUUUAUGGCCAGCAUUUUAGAUAAAUAAUUUCUUUAAAAUAUAUUCAGAAUAUAGCUACCUAACAUGUUUUACAUUCAGUGGCUUUUACCUGUCGAUCUACAAAGACUACAAAUUGAAUAUUGAAAUAUGGAUGCUGAGGAAUUAUGAAAAAAUUUUAUGGUUAGUUAAGUUUUAAAUGUGAAAUGAUAAUGUGUAGCAAAAUUUAUUAAGUUUAAGAGCAAGAGAGCAUAUCCUUAAUAUAGUAAUGUUAUUAUUGUAGACAAAGUUGUUACUAUGUUCUCAAAUACAAAAUGACAAAACUUGUAUAACAUUAUUCCAUUUAAUAAAAAGUAUGCGUCAAAGAUA